AUGCCUCCUCCACCUCCUCCACCUCCUCCACCUCCUCCACCUCCUCCCCUCCCCCAUGUUAGGGGCCCUCCUCCCCCUCCACCACCGCCCGGAGGCUUGCCCUCCCGACCGCCGGCUGGCGGUUCUAACAGGGUAUAUCAACAGUCCUCCUCCAGUUACUCCUUUGCCGCCUUGAAAAUCCAGCGUACUGACACUUCCUUUGACAUCUAG